AUCUGUGAAUUCAAGCGUCAACAGACUCUGUUAAACUCAACACACUGGCAUACAAAUCAGGAUUACAGAGAAGGAUAUCUAAGAAGAGACCAGCUUGUUUUCAGAGCACCAGCAGUGAAGAUUUGAAGACACAUUUGACAUGGAUCCUGUGACAAUUCUUCUGUCCAUCAUAUUCAUCUUGUUUUUGCUCAAAACUUAUAACGAUCACAAACACAAAAACUACCCUCCAGGGCCGAAGCCUCUGCCGUUAAUUGGAAGCUUGCAUUUGAUUGAUCGAAAAAAACCUCACUAUGCCCUUAUGAAGCUAGCUGAGAAGUACGGUUCCGUGUAUAGCAUCCAGUUGGCCAUGGAGAAAAUGGUUAUCUUAUGUGGUUAUGACACUGUUAAAGAUGCACUUAUCAACCAUGCGGAUGAAUUUUAUGACAGACCAGAUAACCCAUUGGUUGCUAGAAUAGCACAUGGAAAUGGUAUAAUUUUGGCCAAUGGAGAGAAUUGGAAGGUAAUGAGAAGGUUUACAAUUUCAACAUUACGAGAUUUUGGAAUGGGGAAGAGAUCUAUAGAAAACAAAAUUCAAGAGGAAGCACAAUGUUUAAUGCAAGAAAUCAGAACCUACAAAGGGGAACCCUUUGAAAAUGUGGCUAUCAUCAAUGCUGCGGUAGCCAAUAUAAUUGUGUCUAUAUUACUGGGUGACAGAUUUGAAUAUGAUGAUCCAAUCAUACUGAACCUCAUGAGAAAAAUUAAUGAAAAUAUCAAGAGCUUUGGAAGUAUUAUGAUUAUACUUUACAACAUGUUUCCAAGACUGGUAGGGAUGCUUCCUGGCAGCCAUCAGAAAGUUUUUCAAAAUGUUGAAGACACGUAUGCUUAUAUAAGGGAGGUAUUUACAAAACAGAAGAAAACACUGGACGUAAAUGACCAAAGGAACCUUAUUGAUGCGUUUCUGGCAAGACAAGAGCAAGAGGGGAAGUCAGAAUCUACUUUGUACUUCCACAAUGACAACUUAAGCGUGUUGGUGAGUGACCUUUUAGGUGCUGGAAUGGAGACAACAUCAACCACUCUGCGAUGGGGCCUCCUACUUAUGAUGAAAUACCCAGAGAUACAAAAAAAAGUUCAAAAUGAAAUUGACACAGUAAUCGGAUCAGUGGAACCCCAAACUGAACACAGAAAACAGAUGCCGUAUACCGAUGCCGUCAUUCAUGAAAUCCAGAGGUUUGGCGAUAUUGCACCUAUGAAUUUGUCACAUGCAACUGCUAAAGAUGUCACAUUUAGAGGGUACAACAUUCCAAAGGGGACCACUAUUAUCCCAUUGCUGACCUCUGUCCUUAGAGAUAAAGCUUAUUUUAAAAAACCAUAUGAGUUUUAUCCUGAACAUUUCCUGGAUUCAGAAGGAAAUUUAAAGAAGAAUGAGGCAUUUAUACCUUUCUCACUAGGUAAGAGAAGCUGUGCUGGAGAAAACUUGGCAAAGAUGGAACUGUUUCUGUUUUUUACAAGAUUGCUGCAAAACUUCUCCUUCCAGGCCCCUCCUGGUGCUGUGUUGGACCUGACUCCUGCACUGGGGUUCACCAGUGCCCCCUUACCAUAUAAGAUCUGUGCUAUACCUCGCUGCUAGAAUAUAGCCAAGCCAACCAAUGAUCAUGCUUGACCCAUAUGGAAAAAAAAAUGUUGCAAAACCUUUAACUGAGCACAUUUUUAAGUGGCAGUCAAUGCAAGAGGCUGAGAGUGAACAGGAUUGUACAAUACAAUACAUGAAAUAUACCGCAGUACAGGCAGACCAUUGCAAUUUUCUCAGUCCAUCAGGUCGUAGAAAGUUUUUUUUUUUCUACUAGGUUAACCACUUCAGCCCCGAUGACCAGGCCAUUUUUUGAAAUACAGCACUGC